AUGAAUUCUCGUUUCAUUUCUUUUGCCACUCGAUCCCUCAAAUCCCGUAACAACAAAUCCCCCCUUUCCUUUCUCUCCCAAACGAAUAAUUGCUUCUCCUCUAGCCCCACCCAAACUGCCCCGCUGUCUGAUUUCCAGAAAUAUCCUCCUACCCUCGAUGGCUUGCGCCAGCGGCUCGAAGCUGAGUCACCGAUCUUAGCCGACUUUACCAAUCUCCAAUCCGAAAACCACUACUCCGUUGAAGUUGGCACCAAGAAGAAGCCUCUUCCCAAACCCAAAUGGAUGAAGGAAUCAAUCCCCGGGGGCGAAAAAUAUACCCAGAUAAAGAAAAAAUUGAGGGAAUUGAAAUUGCACACCGUAUGCGAAGAAGCCAAAUGUCCUAAUUUAGGGGAAUGCUGGUCUGGCGGCGAAACCGGCACUGCCACUGCCACCAUUAUGAUUCUUGGUGAUACCUGCACUCGCGGUUGCAGAUUCUGCAAUGUGAAGACAUCACGCACUCCACCUCCUCCAGACCCAAAUGAGCCCACAAACGUGGCUGAGGCAAUUGCUUCAUGGGGUUUGGAUUAUGUGGUGAUUACUAGUGUUGAUCGUGAUGAUUUACCAGAUCAAGGUAGUGGCCAUUUUGCUGAAACAGUGCAGAAAUUAAAGACAUUGAAGCCAACCAUGCUCAUAGAAGCUUUGGUGCCUGAUUUUCGAGGAGACUCUAGCUGUGUAGAGAAAGUUGCAAAAUCUGGGUUAGAUGUUUUUGCUCACAACAUUGAAACUGUUGAGGAGCUUCAAAGUGUAGUACGCGAUCACCGUGCUAACUUUAAGCAAUCUAUGGAUGUUCUAGUAAUGGCAAAGGACUAUGCCCCUCCUGGUACGCUCACCAAAACGUCGGUAAUGUUGGGGUGUGGAGAAACACCUGACCAAGUUGUGAAAACUAUGGAGAAAGUGAGGGCAGCUGGUGUUGAUGUAAUGACUUUUGGUCAGUACAUGAGACCCUCAAAGCGUCACAUGCCUGUAUCUGAAUACAUAACUCCGGAGGCCUUUGAGAAGUAUCGAGUUCUUGGCCAGCAAAUGGGAUUUCGAUAUGUUGCAUCUGGCCCCAUGGUGAGGUCGUCGUACAAGGCGGGAGAAUUCUAUAUUAAAUCCAUGAUAGAAUCAGAUCGUGCUGCGUCUUCUUCCUAG